CUAAACAUCUGGGACUUCAUUUCCUCGGCUAUCUGUUUGACGGGAAUCGUCAUGGCAUACUACGCAGACACACAGCUUCACGAGUUUGUAACCGGAAACCAAAAACUCAAGGAGCAAGGAAAGCCUAAGAUCCCCAAUCUCGACACGGGUUUGUGGCAUUACUCAAGACAUCCUAAUUACUUGGGAGAGCAAUUGUGGUGGUGGGGAUUGGUCAUAUUUGCUUGGAACCUUGGUCAAGGAUGGACUUUGAUAGGUGCAUUGGUCAAUACUCUGUGUUUGGUCUAUGUAACAAUUCUUGUCGAGCGUCGGAUGGUGAAACAACAAUACAGAGCUGAAGCUUAUAGAGCAUAUCAGAAGACAACUUCGGUGUGGAUUCCAUGGUUCAAAUCUCAUGUUGCUGCUACUAAAGACAAGAACACUUGAGGAAGCUGUGAUUAGUUUGUUUCAAUAGGGUUUCUAGAGAUCCUUAAUUGUGUAUUAUGAUCCUUUUUUUGGUGUUUUUUCCUCUCACUUUGUUUCCUUGGGGAUGUUUUCUUUGGUCUGUGUAAAUUUGCAUUAUAAUGGGUUUUUCUUCCGUCUAUUUGGGCUCGUCGUCGUCGUGUUAAUAAGUGUUUUUAAAAAUCA